UGUAGUAGACACUAGUCACCUUGCAUUUAAGCUCCACAGACAAGUGUACUUUGCAUGCAGAGUCCUCACCUUGUAUAAAUACCUCGGCAAUCUCCGCUAUGCUUUCCCACAGACUCACUCGAAAGCAAUAACCAUGGGGAUAUUCAAAGCUUUGUUCAUUUUCUCUCUUUUCCUUGCCUCCAUCUCUGUGUCUCUUAGCUAUCAGGAUGACCCUCAACAGCAGUUCCAGCAAUGCCAGCACCGCUGCCAGCAGGAGAUGCCCCGGGGGUUGCAACAGCAGCAGUGCCAGCAAGAAUGCCGAGAGAGGAUGGAGGAGCAGCAACAGCAGCAGCAGGGAGGCCGCGGGGGGCGAGGACAACAAGGUGAACAGAGAUAUAAGCAGUGCCUGCGGAGGUGCGACCAACAGCAACCCUACCGCGGACAAGAGAUUCAACAAUGUCGUCAACAAUGCGGGCAGCAAUUGAGCCACCAAGAGCGUCAACAAAUAUGCCAGCAGCACUGUCAGAGGCAACAGAGUGGCGAUUGGCAACGGCAACAACAGUGCCAAUCAAGGUGCCAGCAGCAGUUGCAGCAAGGAAGAGAAAUCGAACAAAACAUGAUUAACCCAAGGAGAGAUCCUGAACAGAAAUUUGAAGAAUGCCAGCAGAGCUGUCAAUCUAGGCAACGUGGUGGCCGGCAACAACAGCAACAAUGUCGUCAGCAGUGCGCACAGCAAUUGAGCCAACAGGAGCGUCAGCAGAUCUGCCAGCAGCGUUGCCAGAGACAACAAGGUGGGGACUGGCAACAACAGCAACAUUGCCAAAGAAGGUGCGAGCAACAACUACAACAAGGAGAACAAGACGUAGACAUGAACCCGCAAUCAAGAGAUCCCGAGCAGAAAUUUGAGCAAUGCCAGCAAAGAUGCCAAUCAAGGCAACAAGGCCAACAGCAGCAGUGCCGUCAACAAUGCGGACAACAGUUGAGCCAACAGGAGCGUCAGCAGAUCUGCCAGCAGCGUUGCCAGAGACAACAAGGUGGGGAUUGGCAACAACAACAGCAUUGCCAAAGAAGGUGCGAGGAACAACUACAACAAGGAGAACGAUACACAGACAUGAACCCGCAAUCAAGAGAUCCCGAGCAAAAAUUUGAGCAGUGCCAGCAAAGAUGCCAAUCUAGGCAACAUGGACAACAAGGUCAACAACAACAGCAGCAGUGCCGUCAACAAUGCGGACAACAAUUGAGCCAAUACGAGCGUCAACAGGUGUGCCAACAACGUUGUCAGAGGCAACAAGGUGGGGAUCGGCAACAACAACAGCAUUGCCAAAGAAGGUGCGAGCAACAGCUACAAGAAGGAGAACAAUACAUAGACAUGAACCCGCAAUCCAGAGAUCCCGAGCAGAAAUUUGAGCAAUGCCAGCAAAGAUGCCAAUCAAGGCAACAAGGACAACAAGGCCAACAAGGCCAACAACAACAAUGUCGUCAACAGUGUGCACAACAAUUGAGCCGAUACGAACAGUGUGCACAACAAUUGAGCCGAUACGAACGACAACAAAUCUGCCAAAAUCGUUGCCAGAGGCAACAAGGUGGGGACUGGCAACAACAACAGCAUUGCCAAAGAAGGUGCGAGCAACAACUUGAACAAGGAGACUUUGACAUUAACGGCGACGAACAACUGGAACAGGGUCAGAGCCUACCCUUAUCUUCAAUUUUGGACUUCGCAGGCUUCUAA